GAAAGAAGCUGGAAUAACGGAGAGAAAGUUACAGGACAAAUGGCAUUCAUGGCCGGGAUUAUUUACGCGCUCAUAUCGUUUUUCCUGGGGAUUUGUGCAGGAAUAUCCGCUCCAAGGAAUUAUCCGGCAAAUGAAGUCACGCUGCUGGAUUCCAGAUCAGUACAGGGAGAACUGGCAUGGGUCGCCAGCCCUACAGAAGGAGGGUGGGAGGAGGUGAGCAUCAUGGAUGAGAAGAACAUCCCCAUCAGAACAUACCAGGUGUGUAAUGUAAUGGAGGCUAGUCAGAACAACUGGCUUCGGACUGACUGGAUACGGCGUGGCCCGGCCCAGCGUAUCUACAUUGAGAUAAAAUUCACCCUGCGUGACUGUAACAGCCUGCCUGGUGUCAUUGGCACCUGCAAGGAGACGUUCAACCUUUACUACCUAGAAUCCGACACCGACAAUGAGCGUUAUGCUCACGAAAGCCGUUUUGCGAAGAUCGACACGGUGGCGGCGGAUGAGAGCUUCACGCAGGUGGAUAUCGGCGAUCGGAUCAUGAAGCUAAACACUGAAGUUCGGGAUGUUGGGGUGGUCAGCCGGAAAGGUUUCUAUUUGGCCUUUCAGGAUGUAGGAGCCUGCAUCGCUUUAGUUUCCGUUCACGUGUUUUAUAAAAAGUGUCCGUUAGCUGUGAGGAACCUCGCGCAGUUUCCUGAUACGGUAACAGGGGCGGACACAUCGUCUCUCGUGGAGGUGCGCGGCUCUUGUGUGAACCAUUCGGAAGAGCAGGAGGUUCCAAAGAUGUAUUGCGGUGCAGACGGAGAGUGGCUGGUGCCCAUUGGUAAUUGCCUGUGUAAUCCUGGAUACGAGGAAUGGAAUGAGCAAUGCCAGGUUUGUAAAGUUGGCUACUACAGAUCUCUGUCUUCAGACGGCAGCUGUCAUAAAUGUCCUCUGCACAGUUUUUCCAUAAAGGAAGGAGCCACCACUUGUGAUUGUGACAAAGGAUAUUACAGAUCAGAGACCGACCCUGCGGCCAUGCCUUGCACACGUCCUCCAUCAGCUCCUCACAAUCUGAUAUCCAAUGUGAACGAGACAUCAGUGCUGUUAGAGUGGAGUCCGCCUCUCUCCUCUGGAGGCCGUCAGGAUCUCACCUACAACGUGGUGUGUAAGCAGUGUGUACGGGACAUGCAGAAAUGCACACCAUGUGGGGACGAUGUACAGUACUCUCCGCAGAGGCUCAGUUUGCGCUCCACUCGUGUGUCUGUACACCAUCUGCAGGCGCACACCAACUACACUUUCCAGAUCUGGGCCGUCAACGGUGUGUCCAAGCACAACCCCAGCCCGGAGCAGUCGGUGUCUGUUACACUCACCACCAACCAGGCCGCUCCCUCCACGGUCAUGUUAGUUGAGAGUAAGGACAUCACUCGUCACUCUCUCUUUCUGUUCUGGCAGGAACCAGAGAAACCCAACGGUGUCAUACUGGAAUAUGAGGUCAAAUAUUACGAGAAGGAUCAGAAUGAGAGGAGUUAUCGCAUCAUAAAGACAACGUCUCGUAAUGCCGAUAUUAAAGAUCUGAUCCCGCUGACCUCAUACGUGUUUCACGUGCGCGCUCGCACCGCCGCGGGCUACGGAGAGUUCAGUGCUCCCUUUGAGUUCAGCACCAACACAGUCGCAGCUUCGAUUAUUGGAGGUGUGAUGAGUUCUGCUGUGUUGUUGCUGUUGGUGGCCGGUUGUGUGGUUGUUCUCCUCCUCAUCCUCAUCAGCGCCUUCAUCAUCACCAAAAAUAGGGGCAAAUACAGCAAAACUAAACAGGCCGAGGAGAAACACCUGCAGCCAGGUGUGAGGAUAUAUGUGGACCCCUUCACCUACGAAGACCCAAACCAGGCCAUCAGGGAGUUUGCUAAAGAGAUCAGUACCUCCUGUAUCAAGAUCGAAAAAGUGAUCGGCAUUGGUGAGUUUGGAGAGGUUUGCAGCGGUCGUCUGAAGCUUCCUGGAAAGCGAGAGAUCUGUGUGGCCAUCAAGACAUUGAAGGCGGGGUUUACCGAACAGCACAGGCUGGACUUCCUGAGCGAGGCCAGUGUUAUUGGCCAGUUUGACCAUCCCAAUAUCAUUCAUCUAGAAGGUGUGGUAACCAAAUGUAAACCAGUUAUGAUUAUCACUGAGUACAUGGAGAAUGGCUCACUGGACAUGUUUCUUAGAAAGAAUGACGGACGUUUUACUGUAAUUCAGCUGGUGGGCAUACUAAGAGGUAUUGCAUCUGGUAUGAAAUAUCUUUCCGACAUGAGUUAUGUUCAUCGGGACCUUGCAGCAAGGAACAUUCUAGUAAACAGUAACCUGGUGUGCAAAGUGUCAGACUUUGGGAUGUCCAGAGUGCUUGAAGAUGAACCAGAAGGUGCAUACACUACCAGGGGAGGGAAGAUUCCCAUUCGCUGGACGGCUCCAGAAGCCAUCGCAUACAGAAAGUUCACCUCAGCAAGUGAUGUGUGGAGUUACGGCAUCGUCAUGUGGGAAGUGAUGUCAUAUGGUGAACGUCCAUAUUGGGACAUGAGUAACCAGGAUGUGAUAAAGGCAAUAGAGGAAGGAUACCGGUUGCCGCCGCCCAUGGAGUGCCCGCUGGCUUUACAUCAGCUCAUGCUGGAGUGCUGGAUGAGGGAGCGUGCAGACAGACCCAAAUUCAGCCAGAUAGUCAACAUGCUGGACAAACUCAUACGCAAUCCUGCAUCACUCAAGAGGACAGCGGGAGACACCUGCAGGCCCCACCCCUCCACACUUCACCACGCCCCCUCUGAAGGCUCCGCAACAUCGUUGGGUUCUGUGGACGAAUGGCUGAAAAUCAUUGGACUAGAGCAAUACACAGACAACUUCAUCACAGCAGGACACUGUAAUUUAGAUAGUGUUAUACACAUGAGCCAAGAGGAUCUAGCCAAAAUGGGAAUUUCAUGCAGUGCACAUCAGAGAAAGAUCCUUACCAAUGUCCACGAUUUAUUGUCUGGAAUGCAAAGACAAGACAAAAAGGUUCCUGUCUGAUCCAGGAAAAACAAUGUGUCAUGAUGUUUAACAUGAAUUACAAGAGGGACGGAAUAUUUCACAUCACUCUUGCACUUUAAUGGAGAAUGGUAUGAAGAUCAGAGAAUGAAUGAGUAAAACUGCACUUUUUCUCGACCUCUUUGUGAUUGGGAUUUUUUUAACUGAUCUUUUGUUAAUUAAAAUGACUUUGAUCUCUUUGGACUCUUUGGAUGAGACGUCUGAAGAUGUUUCUGAGUCUUUAGUUUCAAGUUUUGAGGCAGUAAAGGUAUAUUUUUGUCAGGAGAAAGAGUUUGGGAAUUGUCCUCCUUGUGUAUGCGGAAAGAACAGUUUAAAUUUUAAGUGGAAACAGACUACGGCGUUUUUCUCCUCAGGUUCUUUUCAGGAUGGGCACCCGUCAUUGACAGGAAGAAAUUGUUCCCUGUGGAUCAGAUCUGAACGUUAUAUUCAAACGAAUCUUUUUGCCUCAGGAGAGUUUGAGCCUUUUCAAAUGAAACUAAUAGACCCUUUGGAUUGUGUGUUUAUUUUAUGAAGCCCAGAUGGAGCAGAGGCAUUGCACGAUGGAAAAAUGUAUUGAUUUAUUUGUUAAAAAAAAUCUGAGGAAAGACAAGAUGAAAGAUUAGAUUUAAGUCUUAAGUUACUCAUGUUCAGUGUAUCCAAUUUUUGCAUUUUUAAAGUAGCAAAAUAAAUGACUUAAUCAGAUGUCUUUCUUCCUUUCUUUCUUUCUUUCUUUCUUUCUUCCUUCAUUGUCCCUAUCCUGUUUGCUUCCCUUCUUUCCAUUUCAUUGACUUCCAUUUUGUCUUCCGUCAAGAUAAAUGGAUGUCACUUUUGAGGUCUCUCAUACUAUUUUUUAAUUGACUCAACAACCAGAGAUUACACAAGAAUUGAACCAGACUGUAUGUUUAUUUGUUUACUAUGUGUCAGUCAUUUCAUAAAACAUAAGACUGAAUUAAGUGAAUCAUAGCAAGAAUUUUUAUAGUUACAAAUCUAUUUUUUGACAUUUAUUUCAGUACCCUGUACAUAAUCUAGAAUUCUGUGUGUACAUACAAUGAUUUCAAUGUUUUUCUUUAUGAUGUACACAAUACCAGCAGCCAUUGCUUUGUACAGCUUUUGAGUUCCUGAUAUUUUCUUCCUUUACAUUUGAAUGUAUUUAAUUGAACAUAAUACUAAUUUUGACAAUAACACAUUGUAAGACAGCAGCACAUUUCAGAACAGUCCUAUAACAGGUUGAGGAAUCAUUUAAUUUCACAAUUUCUGCUUUUGCUCUUUUAGGUGCACUUAACUUAUGACCUUUAUUUAUGACCUUUUGUAUCUAGUUCAUAA